ACUGGACUGGACGCCGUAGCAGGGCAGGGGGGGCUGGGCUGGGCUGGGCUGGGCUGCUGGUUAACCCUAAUUGAGAGAGAGUCUUUCUUCCCCCUGGUGGUGGUGGUGGAGGGUGGGUUUGUGCUGUUGCCAAGCCAAGCCAAGUGAAACCAAGCUUAGUCUCUCUCUUUCUCUUCUUUCACCUGGAGCCUUCCGGUUCCAGUCUCGAAGUCAGGUUGUAGAGGAGGAGGAGGAGGAGGAGGAGUUGAGGGAUUUGGCUCUAGAUCGUGGGUUUUUUUUGUAUAUAUAUAUAUAUAUAUAUGAACUGGUGUCUGCGUUAGGGUUGAGGUUGGGUGGAAGGAUUUUGUCACAUUGCCAGGAGCAGAGGCAAGAGCGGUAUUAGCCAUGGUGUUGUACAAUUUCAAGCAGAUUACGGUUGUGCCUUCGGGCAAGGAGUUUGUGGACAUUAUCUUGUCACGAACGCAGCGCCAGACGCCUACUGUGGUGCACAAGGGCUAUGCUAUCAAUCGGAUUCGGCAGUUUUAUAUGCGGAAGGUGAAGUACACGCAGACGAAUUUUCACGAGAAGAUUUCCACCAUCUUGGAGGAUUUCCCUCGUCUCGAUGACAUCCAUCCUUUUUACGGGGAGUUGCUGAACCAUUUGUAUGACAAGGACCAUUAUAAGCUCGCACUUGGGCAACUUAAUACGGCUCGCAACCUUAUUGAGAAAAUUGCCAAGGAUUACGUACGUUUGUUGAAAUAUGGCGACUCGCUUUAUAGGUGCAAGAAUUUGAAGAAAGCAGCGCUCGGUAGGAUGUGCACUGUGAUGAAACGUGUUGGUCCUAGUUUGGCAUACUUGGAGCAGGUUAGGCAGCACAUGUCAAGGUUGCCAUCAAUUGAUCCCAACACUCGAACCAUUUUGAUUUGCGGCUAUCCCAAUGUUGGCAAGAGCAGCUUCAUCAACAAGAUUACACGUGCCGAUGUAGAUGUGCAGCCCUAUGCUUUCACUACCAAGUCUUUGUUUGUUGGCCACACCGAUUACAAGUACAUGCGGUGGCAGGUAAUUGAUACUCCUGGAAUUUUGGAUCAUCCUUUGGAAGAGUGCAAUACUAUCGAGAUGUUGAGUAUUACCGCGCUUGCGUAUCUUAGAGCAGCCGUUCUUUUCGUUGUCGAUUUGUCUGGAAAUUGUGGAUACACGAUUGCCCAGCAAGCAGCACUAUUUCAUUCGAUUAGAGCUCUUUUCGCGAACAAGCCUGUCAUCAUCGCGUGCAACAAAACUGACCUCCAGCCAUUCGAGACUCUUCCAGAAUCUGAUAAGAAACUCAUCGAGGAGAUGAGGAAAGAAGCUGCUAGAGCUGGGGCAGGCUUGGUUGAUGGAGCUCCGCCCGAUGAGGAGAAUUGCAUGUUGACCAUGAGUACCAUGACAGAGGAAGGCCUUAUUAAAGUCAAGAAUGCUGCGUGUGAGAAGCUACUACAAAUGCGUGUAGAGAUGAAGAUGAAGUCGAAGAAGAUCAACGACUGUCUGAAUCGGAUACAUGUUGCUGUCCCCAAACUAAGGGACCAGAAAGAACGUCCUCCUGUUAUACCUCAGGCAGUUUUGGAAGCCAGGGCUGCUCAGAACAAGGCUGCUGAAAACAAAAAGAAAUUGGAGAAGGAUCUUGAGAAUGAGAAUGGCGGUGCUGGGGUGUACUCCGCGAACUUGCACAAACAUUAUUUGUUGUUGGAUCCCGACUGGAAGGACGACAUUGUUCCUGAGAUUAUGGAUGGUCAUAAUAUCGCUGAUUUUGUCGAUGCGGAUAUUCUUCAAAGGCUAGACGAAUUGGAAAGGGAAGAAGAUGAGCGUGCCGCAGCGGCAGAGAAUGGAAUGGACGAAGAUGAGGACAUGAGUGACCAGGACUUGACACCCGAAGAAGCUGAGGCUCUUGCAGCAAUUCGGCGGAAGAAAAAGCUCAUGUUGGCUGAGCACAGGGCGAAGAAGAAAACUGCUGAUAAUAAACCUGUGGUGCCCAGAAGACAUGAUGUAGAACGACAGUUCAAUACCAGUAGAAUGGGCAGACAUCUUUCAAGCUUAGGUUUGGACCCUACUGCUGCAGUGAAUAGAGCUAGGAGUAGGUCCGCUGCUGGCACAAGAAGCAGGAAGAGAGACAGAUCUGAAGCUAAAGGUGAUGAUGACAUGGAAGUGGAUGAGCAAGCAAACAAGAGAAUGCGUUCUCGAACUCGAUCCUUGUCUCGGCCACACAAGGAAGCACUUCCAGGUGAGGGUUUCAAGGACAGUGCUCAAAAGGUUAAGGCAAUGAAGAUUGGUAAGAAUGCCGUGAAAGAAAGGAAUAAGGAUGCUAGGAAGGGAGAGGCUGAUCGUGUUCACUACAACAAAAAGCCCAAGCAUUUGUUUUCCGGCAAAAGGGGUACUGGAAAGACUGACCGAAGGUAGUUGGCUUAGAUUAGUUCAUUUCACGAAUUUUUUUCUUUGGCUUAGAAUUUGUAUUAUCGUAGAUUGGCGCUUCCUGAUUACGAAGGUCUUAAGUAAUCAGAGUAGGGAUAAGUUGGUUUAAAUGUAACGUUAAUUUUUUUGGGUCAGUUUUCAAGACGUCUACUUUCACGAGAAAAGUAGAAAGUGGACCAUUGGUGAAGUACUUACAAGUUUCUGCAAUUUUGAUGCCAAAUUUGAAAUACCACAUGAAUCUUAACUUCGAAUACGGCACCAUUGGAGAGUGCCAUAUUCUCGUGAAACAACAAACGUUUCAUUUUGAGUUUCUAAGUAGAGAAGUCAACAUGAUAUGUGAGAGGUAAAACAUAUUGAACUCAAAGUAUCACAAAGUAAAUGAAGUUAUUUGACAGUUU